AUCGAGCUAGGGGGUACAACAUCUAACAUUUCCGACCUGAAGUUCACUGACGUCAUUAUUUGAUAUCGUAUUCUUCCGUGUUCCCAGUUGAUUUGAACGCGGCAUCAGUCAGAGAUGGCGUCCCUUUUGCAGCCUGACAGGGUUCUCUACCUAGUUCAUGGAGAGAAAAAGAUCCGAUCGCCGUUGUCGACACUUUAUUUUUGUCGGUAUUGCAGUGAAUUGCGUUCCCUAGAAUGUGUGUCUCACGAGGUGGACUCACAUUACUGUCCGAGCUGCCUGGAGAAUAUGCCUUCAGCAGAGGCAAAGCUGAAGAAGAACAGGUGUGCCAACUGCUUCGACUGCCCGUGUUGCAUGCACACCCUGUCCACCCGGGCAACCAACAUCCCAGCCCCUCUUCCUGACGACCCCAGCAAGACGACCAUGAAGAAGGCCUACUACCUGGCCUGUGGCUUCUGUCGUUGGACAUCCAGAGAUGUGGGCAUGGCUGACAAGUCUGUGGCCAGUGGAGGAUGGCAGGAGCCGGACAACCCUCAUACUCAACGGAUCAAUAAACUGAUAGAGUAUUACCAGCAGCUGGCCCAGAGGGAGAAACUGGAGAGGGACAGGAAGAAGCUGGCCAGGAGACGACCCUAUAUGCCACUGGCCUUCUCGCAACACACUAUUCAUGUGGUGGAGAAGUAUGGUCUGGGUACCAGACUACAGAGACAGAGACCUGGAGCUCCUAUCACCAGUCUGGCUGGUCUUUCUCUGAAGGAAGGUGAAGACCAGAAGGAGAUUAACAUAGAACCAGCUCAGGCUUUAGAUGAAGUGGAGCCACUGCCUGAAGACUGCUACACCAGACCCAUCAACCUACCUGAGGUGACAUCCUUGCGUCAGCGGCUGCUCCAGCCUGACUUCCAGCCAGCCGGAGCCUCUCAGCUCCACCCCAAACACAAACACCUGUUGAUCAAGCGCUCUCUGCGAUGCAGGAAAUGUGAGCACAAUCUGAGCAAGCCAGAAUUCAACCCAACCUCAAUCAAGUUCAAAAUCCAGCUGGUGGCUGUGAGUUACAUCCCUGAGGUCAGAAUAAUGUCCAUUCCAAACCUGCGCUUCCAGAAGGAGUGCCAGGUGCUGCUCACCCUGACCAACCCCGUGGAGAAUAUUACCCACGUCACCCUGGUGGGCUGCGAGGAAGGAGACCCAGAGGACAUCAAUAGCACUGCUAAGGUGAUGGUUCCUACCAAGGAGUUGGUCCUGGCAGGGAAGGAUGCUGCAGCAGAUUACGACGAGUUGGCCGAGCCACAGGACUUCCAGGACGACCCAGAUGUGGUGGCCUUCAGGAAAUCCAAUAAGAUCGGUUUCUUCAUCAAGGUGGUCCCUCAGCGCGAGGAGGACGGCGAUGUCACGGUGUCCUUUAAGAUUCGCCACGACUUCCGCAACUUGGCGGCUCCCAUAAGGCCGAGCGAGGAGGGCGACGCCCCCACCGAGGCCAUCUGGCUCACACACCACGUAGAGCUCAGCCUGGGGCCGAUCAUAGCGUGAAGAGCUUACACACACACACACACCCACCGAAUACAUAUCUUUUACACACACACACACACACCACACACACACACACACACACAUUGUACAUGCAUUGGAUCACAUAUCUCUCUCACUCGCACACUUCUCUGUACCCCCAAGCAGUUCCAGAGACCCUUUCCUGCUUCACGCUUCAAUUUAAGCAUUAUCUUCAUCAUCCUCCUCUAAGGAUGAAGAGUAUUUACCUGCAUGCUAUGCCAGGCUACAUCUACCUACUAAUAAAUGUCUCUUAGAUGAUGUCAUUACUGUAUCUCCUCUCUGGGUUGAAGGUAGGGUGAGACUGUCAUUACUGUUUCUCCUCUCUGGGUUGAAGGUAGGGUGAGACUGUCAUUACUGUUUCUCUUCUCUGGGUUGAAGGUAGGAUGAGACUGUCAUUACUGUAUCUCCUCUCUGGGUUGAAGGUAGGGUGAGACUGUCAUUACUGUAUCUCCUCUCUGGGUUGAAGGUAGGGUGAGACUGUCAUUACUGUUUCUCCUCUCUGGGUUGAAGGUAGGGUGAGACUGUCAUUACUGUUUCUCCUCUCUGGGUUGAAGGUAGGGUGAGACUGUUAUUACUGUAUCUCCUCUCUGGGUUGAAGGUAGGGUGAGACUGUCAUUACUGUUUCUCCUCUCUGGGUUGAAGGUAGGGUGAGACUGUCAUUACUGUUUCUCCUCUCUGGGUUGAAGGUAGGGUGAGACUGUCAUUACUGUUUCUCCUCUCUGGGUUGAAGGUAGGGUGAGACUGUCAUUACUGUUUCUCCUCUCUGGGUUGAAGGUAGGAUGAUACUAAGGAGUUGGGAGUUAUUUUUGCUGUUGUCUUCAGUACUAAAGUCCAGUCAGUUGUUCUAUUAGCAGUAUUGAAGUAGUGAGACCUGUAAACGUGUCAGUUUGUCUGAGGCACUCUGCAGCGGUAAGAUAUUAGAUAUUACUUUAACACUAUCGGUCAAUUAUACAUUUGAAUUAAAUGUGAAGUUUAUAUUGAUUGGAGAGUUUCUACUGAAGAUGUGACCAACAGGGAGGGGCUGGUAGCAACUGGCGCUGUUUUGAUUUGUCUGGAGGGAAUCCCCCCCCCCCCGGUUUGUUAAGACAGAGCCUUAUAUCACGGUUAACCUGUACUGGCUAAUAAAAUUAAUGUUUUAAAAACAC